CUUACUCACCCUCUCUGCGCGCCUUCAAAACGGAUAAAGUCCCUCCUGUAUCACUCUCUUUCUCCGAGCACCAAAGCCACUGAAGAAGAAGAAGAAGAACCAAACGGUCCAAAAAUGUUACUGAAUCCUAGUGGCCUCCAUUCGAGGCGCUACUAUCCACACUCUUCUCAUUUCUCACUCUCCUCUCGCUGCAAGCUCUCUCUGUCUCCAAGUUGCCCUUGCUUCAUCAAUUCCAAAAAAUCUUCCAAAUUCCGCUUCCUAUCUCUGCUUUUAUCUCCAAGAAACUACACUGGGAGGUUUAUUGUUAAAGCUUUGGCGCAAGAACCUCAAGUUUCGGAUUCUGAGACGCUCACCGCGGAUGCGCCGCCCUCUUUUCCUCAACCGGUGUCUGUCAAAAUCCCCUACGGUGACAGACAUAUUUUGGUUGAGACAGGUAAUAUGGGGAGACAAGCUAGUGCUGCUGUUACAGUGACAGAUGGUGAAACUAUUGUCUUCACUUCUGUUUGUUUGGCGGAUAUUCCAAGUGAGCCUUCCGAUUUUUUUCCUCUCUAUGUAAAUUAUCAAGAGCGUUUUUCUGCAGCUGGUCGGACCAGUGGAGGCUUUUUUAAACGAGAAGGGAGGACAAAGGAUCAUGAGGUCCUUGUUUGUAGAUUGAUUGAUCGGCCCCUACGCCCAACUAUGCUUAAGGGCUUUUACCAUGAAACUCAAAUACUAUCAUGGGUUUUGAGCUAUGAUGGUCUGCACUCCCCUGACGCUUUGUCAAUUACAGCAGCUGGAGUAGCAGUUGCUCUUUCGGAAGUGCCACAUUCAAAAAUAAUCGUAGGAGUUCGAGUUGGUCUAGUUGGUGAUAAGUUUGUUGUGAAUCCAACAACAAAGGAGAUGGAUGACUCAGAGUUGGACUUGGUUUUGGCUGGCUCUGAUGAUGCAAUAUUGAUGAUAGAGGGUUACUGUAAUUUCCUUUCGGAAGAAAAAUUGAUUCAAGCGGUGAAAGUUGGGCAGGAUGCAGUACGGGCAAUUUGUAAUGAGGUGGAAGCUCUAGUUAAGAAGUGUGGUAAACCAAAAAUGCUUGACACUAUCAAAUUACCACCUCCAGAGCUAUAUAAGCACGUUGAAGAAAUUGUUGGUGAGGACUUGGUGAAAGUGCUACAAAUCAAGAACAAAAUACCACGAAGAAAGGCUCUCACAGCAUUGGAAGAAAAAGUUCAAACAAUACUUACAGAGAAGGGAUAUGUCAGUAAAGAUGAAACUGUUGGAACUACUGAAUUAGUACCAGAUUUGUUUGAGGAUGAAGAUGAGGAUGAGGAAGUUGUUCUGGAUGGUGAAGUAGAUGAAGGUGAUGUCCACAUAAGGCCAAUUCCACGGAAAUCCAUUCCCUUGCUGUAUUCUGAGGUAGAUGUGAAGCUGGUGUUUAAAGAUGUUACAUCCAAAUUCCUACGGAGACGUAUUGUGGAGGGAGGAAAAAGAAGUGAUGGACGAUAUGCAGAUGGAAUACGCCCAAUCAACUCAAGAUGUGGAUUACUUCCUAGGGCACAUGGAAGUGCUCUUUUCACCCGUGGUGAAACACAGGCAUUGGCUGUGGUUACACUUGGGGAUAAACAAAUGGCACAAAGGAUAGACAAUCUUGUGGGCGAUGAUGAUGUGAAGAGUUUCUACCUUCAGUACACAUUCCCUCCAUCAUCUGUUGGGGAGGUUGGACGGAUUGGAGCACCUAGUAGAAGAGAAAUUGGUCAUGGAACACUCGCUGAGCGAGCUCUUGAACCUAUAUUGCCUUCUGAAGAUAAAUUUCCAUAUACUAUACGUGUAGAGAGUACCAUCACUGAGGCUUCAUGGCAUAAUAGCAUGGCCUCUGUUUGUGGAGGUUGCUUGGCAUUGCAAGAUGCUGGGGUUCCAAUAAAGUGCUCUAUUGCUGGGAUAGCAAUGGGUAUGGUAUUGGACACUGAAGAAUUUGGGGGAGAUGGAGCACCACUAAUUCUCUCUGACAUAACUGGAUCUGAAGAUGCAUCUGGAGAUAUGGAUUUUAAGGUUGCUGGAAAUGAAGAUGGUGUAACUGCAUUUCAGAUGGACAUAAAGGUGGGAGGAAUUACUUUACCAGUUAUGGAAAAGGCACUUCUACAGGCUAAAGAUGGCCGCAGACGUAUUCUUGCUGAAAUGAUAAAGUGCUCACCUCCCCCUACAAAUAGGCUUUCUAAGUAUGCCCCAGUGAUUCACAUUAUGAAGGUCAGUCCAGAGAAAAUUAACCUCAUCAUUGGAUCUGGUGGGAAGAAGGUGAAGAGUAUUAUUGAAGAAACUGGAGUAGAGGCUAUUGAGACUGAAGAUGAUGGAACAGUAAAAAUUACUGCAAAGGAUUUAUCAUGUCUAGAGAAAUCCAAAGCCAUUAUUAGUAAUCUGACAAUGGUCCCAACUGUUGGUGAUAUUUAUAGGAAUUGUGAGAUCAAAUCAAUUGCACCUUAUGGAGUUUUUGUUGAGAUAGCCCCUGGGCGCGAGGGGCUUUGCCAUAUUAGUGAGCUGAGUUCAAAUUGGCUUCCAAAGGCGGAAGAUGCUGUUAAAGUUGGAGACCGAAUUGAUGUUAAGCUUAUUGAGGUAAAUGAUAAAGGACAACUUCGCCUUAGCCACAAAGCACUACUUCCAGAAACAAAUGCUGAGAAUCCUCCUGCAAAGCCAGAUACAGGAGAUUCCACCAAAGAUGUUGCAGCUUCAAGUAAAACUGAUAGGAGUAUGCCAAAAAAAUCUGUGAGUGUAUUGAAGGAUGGUGCUGCUGAGGAGAAGAUACAACAUCCAAAGGAUACAGUUGGCACUCAAAAGGCUGUGAGCUCCUCGAAAGGCAAUACUACAGAGGACACUCUACUCUCACAGAAAAAGGUCAAGGCCAUUAAGAGAACUGGAAGCCCUUCAAAAGAGGUCUCCCCUAUUAACAAAGAAAGGACAAAGAAGAGCACAGUUUCAGUGACAAGAUUGGUCCCCUUAGUUUAUGGUGAUAAUGAUGAUGGAAGAGCCUCCAUGCUGACAAUAAAUUUGGGGUGUGAAUGGGCUGCACGAUGGUAGUGAUCACCUGCCUAUCUGAAAGUGCAAAUCAGUGCUUUUCAAAUAUUAAGCAGGAGUGGAACCUAAGGCGAUAUAUAGCUCUGUCAUCAUAUGUUUCUUUGAGAGGUAAUGUGUGCUGCAGAUGUUCUAAAGAAGUUGAUGCAUACCAUACAUUUUAUUUUUGGGGAAUUGGGGCAAGUAAAAACAUCUGCUAGAAUACAUGGAAUUUUGUUGUAUCAUUAACUGCAACAGCCAUUUCUUUCAUAAUGUUAAUCUCCAUCUCUUUCUCUU